AGCAAUCCAAAAGAAAUAUCGAGUCUAAAUUCUACUAAACUGGCAGAAGAAGACGAAGAUGAUUUGGAGGCUUUAAUAGCAGAUAUACACGAUCAAGAGGAUUCGCUUCGUGGACGAAAAUCAGAAUACAAUAAUUAUGCUUAUAAAGAUUUCGAAGAUCAAGCUACACCUAAGAAUCAAUCGAGUUCUAAGAAAGAAAACGUUGCUGCGAAUACAGUCACAACCGAUGAACUGCAGAUAUGGUCAACUCAAACCGACGACGAUGGUUGGCAAGUGUAUGAUCCCGAGAAGUUUGAAAUAGCAGCCUCACAGGCUGUACUUUUGGAUUCACCAGUAUCAAAAUCGUCCGUCCCAAAUACAAAUACCAUUGUGCCAACAAUUAAUAUAACGCUUAGCGAAGAUGAAGACUACAACAUGCCUUCGACGAGUGCCGCAAGUAUGAGAAGGCGUAAUGCGUCUAUAGCGAUCGCAUCCAGUCCAUCUCCAGUAAAAGAAUUCAAUAGUAUGCAAAGACAAAAUGCGCCUAUAACGAUUGCAUCCAGCCCAUCUCCCGUGAAAGUUGCGCAGAAAGUAGCUGGAAAUUUCCAUGCUGAUACACAUAACGAUGGCAUAACUGGUGAAUUCGAUGGUUAUAAUUACCCACACUCGCAAGCUGUCAAAGAUGCUUUGAAGAGCAAUUUUGGACUGAAAAGUUUUCGACCCAAUCAAUUGCAGGUGAUCAACGCGGCCUUGUUGGGACAUGACUGUUUUGUGCUGAUGCCUACCGGUGGGGGAAAGUCUCUUUGUUACCAGCUACCGGCAUUGUUAACUGAAGGCGUGACACUUGUCAUCAGUCCUUUAAAGUCUCUGAUUCUGGAUCAGGUUAAUAAAUUGGAAUCGCUUGAUAUAUAUGCCAAAAGUUUGUCCGGUACUCAAACUCUGCAGGAAGUGCGUGCCAUCUUUUGUGAUUUAAAAACCAUGCCGCCACGUAUCAAAAUUCUUUAUGUGACGCCGGAGAAAAUCUCCAGUUCUCCUCAAUUCCAGGACGCACUUGAUGAUUUGUACGCCACUAAUCACAUUAGUCGUUUUGUCAUUGAUGAGGCGCAUUGUGUGUCGCAGUGGGGGCAUGAUUUUCGCCCAGAUUACAAGCGACUUGGCAUAUUACGUAAACGUUUCCCCAAAGUGCCCACUAUGGCGCUCACUGCCACAGCUACUCCACGCGUGCGCAUUGAUAUACUCCGCCAAUUGCACUUAACACACACCAAGUGGUUCUUAUCUAGUUUUAAUCGUAGUAAUCUAAAGUAUUCGGUAUUGCCUAAGCGUGGCAUCAGCACUUUGGAUGAUAUAAAAUCUUUUAUACACUCACGUCCGUCCAACUGGAGUGGUAUAAUUUACUGUUUAUCACGUAAGGAAUGCGAGGAUGUAGCUAAUAAAUUGCACGCUGUUGGCAUAAAAUCACUAGCUUAUCAUGCCGGGUUGACCGAUGCGAUCCGCGAGACUCGUCAAAAGGACUGGCUCACUGGUAAAGUGCGAGUGAUAUGUGCGACAAUAGCAUUUGGUAUGGGCAUUGAUAAACCUGAUGUACGUUUUGUGCUACACUAUUCUCUGCCAAAAGCUAUUGAAGGCUAUUACCAGGAGGCAGGGAGAGCGGGACGCGAUGGUGAUGUGGCCCACUGUAUACUUUACUACAAUUAUUCAGAUAUGAUGAGGAUGAAAAAAUUGUUGGACUUGGAUAAUACUGUGGGUUUGGAAGUGAAGAAGAUACAUUUAGAUAAUUUGAAUCGCAUUGUGGGAUACUGUGAAAACGUCACAGAUUGUCGGCGUGCGCAACAACUGGACUACUUUGGCGAGCAUUUCACCAGCGAACAAUGUCUGGAACGACGAGAAACAGCCUGUGAUAAUUGCCUUAAAAAGCAGAGUUAUCAGGAAAUAAAUGUUUUGGAGCAGUGUCGAAAGGUGGCACGUGCUAUUAAAGACAUAUGUGGCGGCCGGUCGCGCUUUACCCUGUUAUAUAUUGCUGAUGUGCUCAAAGGUUCUCUGAUCAAACGCAUCGUGGAAUUUCAUCACGAUAAAACUGCACAUCACGGCAUUUUCAAAGAUUGGGACAAAUCGGAUAUACAGCGCUUAUUGCGUAAAAUGGUUCUAGAGGGCUUUUUGCGCGAAGACUUAAUAUUUUCGAAUGAUAUUCCACAGGCAUAUAUUUAUUUAGGACCCAAAGUCCAGGCGUUAAUGCAGGAUAGCAUACCAUUAAUUUUCGCCGUUUCACGUAAAGAAAGUAUGAAACGUACAUUGCCCGGCUUUAGCAGUGGCACUGCUAUUGCCGCAAAUCAGAGUGCAGCUGCUUCAGCUGGUGCCUCACGAAUACGUUCAAUUUACGAACGUUGCUAUGCGGACCUCUUGGAUUUGUGCCGAACAAUAGCUGCAGCACGCAGCGUCACUAUGGCUAGUAUAAUGAAUAUGCAAGCAUUAAAAGCAAUGUCUGAAACACUGCCUGAGUCGGAGAGUGAUAUGUUGAGCAUACCGCAUGUGACUAAAGCGAAUUUUGACAAAUAUGGCAGUAAAAUGUUAGAAAUUACUCGUAAUUAUGCUGCUGAAAAGCUUUGUUUGCUGAUGGAUCUAGAAGACGCGCACCAGCAACAGCAGAAACCCAGUACUACUACAGCGGGAAGUGCACGUGUACAAACAACUAAUUCGUACGAUUCUGAAGAGGAUGACGGAGUCAGUUGGGCAUCGGUGGCAGCCUCCCAGGGUACUUCGCAAAGCAGUGGUGGUCGUAAACGUAAACGUGCAUGGAACAGUGGUGGGGCUAAGCGUGCUAAAAAGGCUACAAGUUGGGCAGUGAGCAACAAGAGCCCCAAAAAACGUGCGUCGUCAAAAGCUAGAGGUGGCAGCACUGCUUCACCAAGAGCUGGACGGCGAAAAACUGUUGCCAGCACUAGCGGCAAAGGCAGAGGAGGAGCCAACAAAGGUGGUAACAACGCGUGGUUGUGCAAGAAGUCAAGUUCUAGUGGUGGUUUCGAGUUAAUGCCUAUGCCGAAGUCGAAAUAGCCAACUGUAAGCUCAAGUAGUCUGCGUACAAAACUCUUAGCUGAUAGGAUGUGUGCUAACAUUGUUUGUAUUUUUUUAAGUUUCAAUAAAAAGUAUUUUUUAUAUAA